AUGACGACCAAGAACAAGAAACCAUUUGUACCGCACCGUGCCGAAAAAUCGCUCAUGGAGAAGAGAAGGAGAGCCAGGAUCAACCAGAGCUUAGCCGCCUUGAAAACUCUCAUCCUCGACUCGGCCAAAGCGGACAACACCAAGCACUCUGAGCUAGAAAAAGCCGACAUUCUCGAGCUGACAAUUCGUCAAUGCCCCCGUAGUCUGGUCGCACAAGGCGUCAACCAGGACAAAUCCGGCUACUCGGACUGCGUCAAGGAAGUGCAGAGGUACCUUGAAACCCCUGACACGCAAACCAUAAUAACCCUAGACGCUGGGAUAGGUCAUUGCUUGCUGCGCCACCUGGAUAACUGCGUAGCAGAAGUGGAAGUCGAUGCACGACAAGCCACGGCCUUAAUAGACAGGCUCCAACCUCUUCAGCCAGGCUCUCACCCUUGGAAGCCCACGAAGUGA